CCUGCCAGAGACGCUGCACUCGCCCCUCGCCUCCCACCCUAUUCUCUGCUCUCCAAUUCAACCCAGCCUUUGCGGAGCCGCAUGAGAGGACUGUCAGCCAGCACAGACGAAGCUCCGAGAUCAGAAAGCUGGCACAGCAAAUUGUGCCUCCAGCUCUGCUACUUGCUUUGCCGCCCCUCUAUUACGCUCCCUCACACGUGCACAUAAAUGUGCUCUCACAGCUGCACACUGAGAGAACUUUCUAUCUCGUGUGCACACUUGCAAGCUGACAAGCAAGCAAGCAGGCGGGCAGGCAGGCACACCCCCCUCCCAUUAUCUGUGCGGCGGGCAGAUCUGCUCGUAUUGGUGUAAGCAGCACGGGGCUGUGUUUUGCUCCUCAGCAGCAGCAUCACUAACAGCAGCAGCAGGACGAGUCCAAAGGAGAGCAGUCAUCACCAGAGAUCACACACCAGCCUCCACAGCUGAGGUGUGUGCCAGUGGGACAGCCAUGGAGGACACCAUCACCUGCAGCCACGCCACCUUCUCCCAGGUGUUCGGACGCCAGGGGCAGCUCAUGCAAGCCACGGUGCAGUCUCUGAACAGCCUGAACGAUCAGAUUGCUCAGUUCAUGGUGACCAGACCCUGCAGCCUGGCGGACCAGGAUGUGGCCUUCAUACCCGGAGAGAGGGACACCCUGAGGAAGUCCAUGACUCUGAUGAGACACCUGCUCAUGGAUGCUCAGGGGAAAAUCCUUAAAAUGAUGGAAGACAACAAACAGCUGGCACAGAGGAUUGAUGGGGCCAUCCAGUCUGCCAGUCAGGAAGUGACCAAUCUCCGCUCCGAGCUCUCGGCCACCAGCCGCAGACUGGCAGAACUGGGUGCCAGCAGCCCCCCUGCUCUGGAGAACCACCACCAGCACAACCACCACGAUGACAGCCUCCAUUACCGGGAUCCAUCAGUGCAUCACAGACAGAAGACGGUGGUGACAGACAUGUGCUACCCGACAGAGAUAUCCAGCCUGAUGGACUUUGGCACUGCAGACUGCUCGCUAGGCAAAGUGUUGUUGCGGGAGGAGGUAGCCCAGCUUCAAGAGGAGGUCCACCUGCUCAGGCAAAUGAAGGACAUGUUGAGUAAGGACCUGGAGGACACACAGGGCGGCUGCUCCUCUAAUCUGCUCUCAGCCACCGAGCUCCGAGUGCAGCUGGGAGACAAGGAGCAGGAGCUGGACCGUGCCAAAGAGGCCUUACAAGCUAUGAAAGCUGACCGUAAGCGUCUAAAAGGGGAGAAGGCAGACUUGGUGAGUCAGAUGCAGCAGCUGUACACAACACUGGAGAGCAGAGAGGAGCAGCUACGAGAAUUCAUUCGCAACUAUGACCAGCACCGAAAGGCGAAGCAGUCUCUGGCCACCCUGACAAAAGACGUACCGAAGCGGCAUUCACUGGCCAUGCCGACGGAGCCCGUGGUGAACGGCAGUCAGGAGUGGGUAAUGCAGGCCGACCUGCCUCUCACCGCCGCCAUCCGACAGAGCCAACAGACCCUCUACCACGGUCACAGCACAGACAGACAGGCUGUGGUCAGGAUCAGCCCCUGUCACUCUCGCCAGCCCUCGGUCAUCUCUGACGCCUCGGCAGCCGACGGGGACCGCUCGUCCACACCCAGCGACAUCAACUCACCUCGUCACCGGACCCACUCCCUCUGUAAUUCCAUGGAGGACCUGGAGGACCAGAAGCGUAAGAAGAAGAAGGAGAAGAUGACGCUGGGAUCUCUGUCACGCGUGUUCGCUCGGGGCAAGCAGCGCAAGUCACUGGACCCCGGCCUGUUUGAUGACUCUGACAGCCUCACACAGCAGAGCCUGUCUGACGGCGAGGAGCAGCUCGACCGCCUCCAGCAGGCGGAGCUUACACGCACCACAUGCAUGUCGCUGUGGAGGGCAGGUGCAGUCCAGGCCUGGAUGGAGGUUGUCAUGGGGAUGCCUAUGUACAUCCGAGCCUGCUCUGAAAAUGUCAAGAGUGGCAAGGUGCUGCUGGGAUUGACAGAUGAGGAUUUAGAGCUGGGUCUGGGAGUCAGUAACCCCAUUCAUCGCAGAAAGCUGAGACUGGCCAUCGAGGAUUACAGAAGAGCGGAGGGGGAUCAGGGACUGUCAAACGCCUCUGAGAUGGAUCAUUACUGGGUGUCCACCUCUUGGCUGAGUGAUGUGGGCCUGCCUCAAUACUCUCAGACCUUCCAGAGUCACUUAGUGGACGGACGAGUGCUGAACUCCCUGAGCCGCAGGGACCUGGAGAGGUUCCUCAACAUUGGCGACCAGUUCCACCAGACAAGUCUACUGCUGGCAAUCCAGCUGCUGCAGAUGCUCAGCUUUGAUAAAGAGGCCCUGCAGGCACGACGGGCAAAAUGUGAGCACCAGGACCGUGAUCCCAUUGUUUGGACAUGUCACAGAGUAAUGAAGUGGAUCAGAGACAUAGACCUCAAGGAGUUUGCAGACAAUCUUCAGGGCAAAGGGAUUAACGGGGCUGUGAUGGCUCUGGAUCCGUCCUUCGACACCGACGCCAUGGCCAAAGCCCUGUGUAUCCCCGGCAACAAGCACAUGCUGCAUCGGCACCUUUAUGAAGAGAUGAAAUCCCUUGCUGUACCUCACAGCAAUGCAGAGCAGGCCAAUGAGGUUAUCGGUUCUUCUUCACCUGUGGCUGUUAACCGCUUCACUGAGGAGAGGGUCUCCAUGAGAAGAACUGGAAAGAGUCCGCUGAGGUUACGUGCAAACAGCCACUCUGUGGAGCGGAGCCUGGGCUUCCACGGCAGCUGCGGUUCUCUGCCCAGAGAGGUCAGAGUUCAGGCUGUUCCUCGGGCCAAAGGAAGCCCCAUGCACACCUACAAGAGCGUGGAAAUCACAAACGUCUGAUCCCGCCUCCGAAAUGUUCACCAUUGUUUACAUUGUUGUUGCGUUAUACUCGUUUACUACUGAGAGAAACCUACACUCAGCACUUCAGAGGCAGUUGUUGUAAAGUGUAUUACCAUGUAAUUUAAUUAUUCAAAUCAUUUUGGCCUGCAUAGAAAAUCAUACAUUCUCCGAACAGAAACACAUUUUUAACCUAAUGUUGUAAAUAUAAAUGAGUGGAAACAUUUAGGGAACAUAGAGUUUUGAUUUCAACUGAAUUUCCAAAUUACUUUCAUAUUAUGACUUUAGAAAAAACCUCAAUGUUGACAAUAAUUGUUCAGUGUUUGAUGCCUCCUUACAUGAAAUAGGUCUCAUAUUUAUAUUAUCUUCACAGCACUUCUGUGGUUUCAGUGAACUAUUUUCAACAGCUCAGCCCUUUUUUGUUCACAUAUUAAAUGAAGAAUUAUGCCUUAGGUAGAGAAGCAGACAUUAUAAUAUGCUUUCACAGCAGAGAUACUGUACAUAUCCCCCGUUUAUCUUCCGAGGACUGUGUCAUGUCAGCAGCUCUCUGUGUACAUGAGCGAGAUGUUGGCCAGAGUUUCUGCCUCAAAUCAGGUCUUCUACCUCCAUGUGACCCCCCCUCUGCAAGCUUGUCAGCACAGUUAUUAUUAAAUAUUAUUAAAUUAAAUGAUAUUAUCAUUAUUGUUAUUACUGUAAAUUAUAUAUCUACAUAUUUUUAAAUGAAAAUAAAAUAUUUGAAUUGCAGAUAUUGAUUUGUCAUCAAUACUAUCAAUAACUAUCAAUUCUAGCAUAGCAGACAAUCUUUAACGUUCGAACUGUACUUUUAAAAUCUCUCUUCUCACAUUGUUACAUCCAGUUAAUUAAAGAAAUGUGAGGUAGACGUUUUGGUUGUUGGUUGAAUAUAAAUGACUAACAAGACUCAUCCAUGGUAAUAUGUAGAUAUCCAAUUCUGUUGAAUGUUGGGAUUUGAAAGUGAUGUGUAAACUAUAGAGGGAGACUGUGUUUAUACUGUACAAGCACUGAAGAAAAUGACAGUGCUGUUAUAUCUUAAAUAGGAGAAUUGCAUCUUUUGUACAGUUUUAUCAUCUUUUUUAAAACACAGAUGUGUAAACUUUGCCCUUCCUGUGCAUGAGAACAUACAUGAAAUGUCACACUGUGUGCAGCUAAAUCCCUGAGGCGAAUCCAGGUUGUGUAUAACAAGUUUUUCUACAAGUUUUUGGGCGUUCACGACGUUCACCAACAGCAGAGCAGCUAAAGCGGGAAGAUCAGACCAGUUCAAACCUGUAGACAGAGAAGGAACUCCAGUGUUGUUCACUGUGAACCCCGGGGUUAGUAUGACUCACACUGUUUCUCCUCCUGUCACAGCUUUUUUACAUAUACACCAACAAUACAGGUGGAAUUAUUGUUGACUGUUAUAUUGUACUGUGUUUACCUGUGCUGAUUAUUUUCAAAACAGCUACAGUAAAAUCUGUGUUAACACAAUAAAAACUUUA